AUGGUACAGGAAUUGACUGAUGAGCUUUUGAACAUCAUCGAUGAACUAGAAGACGGCCCUGUCAAUAUCACUGAAUGGAUUGACAAAUAUGCCUUCGAGGUUAUGGGCCAAUUGACGUUUGGAAAGCCAUUCAACAUGCUCAAAGAGCGAAAGGCAGCCUACUUCUUACAGGUUAUUCGACAAGACAUGAAUGCCAUCGGGUAUCUUCUCAAUUUACCUUGGCUUUCGUAUCUGUUUAUGCGGACACCGGGGUUGAAUCAAAACCACUUGAAUUUCUGGAAGUGGAUCGAGAAUGAAUUUGCGCAAAGGAUCACAAGAGGACAACAGCGACCUGAUGUUUUCCACUGGCUUCAUCAGGCAUAUCUGAAGGGUCCGCAGACGGAGUCUGACACGUUGAAGUUGCAUGGCGAUGGAUACCUCGUGAUUGUUGCUGGAAGCGACACGACCGCCUCAACCAUUACGCAUCUGCUCUUCUAUUUGGCAUGCAACCAGCAUAUCACACGGAGGGUGCAAGCGCAGUUGGACACACUCGAUGAACUGAAAGAUGAGACUCUCCGGGAUGUCGAACUGCUAGAUGCGUGCAUCAAUGAAACCCUUCGCUUGCGUCCGGCAGUCCCAGCUGGAGUCCAAAGGGAAACCCCAGAGGAAGGAAUCCAUAUCGGUGAUCGAUAUAUUCCAGGAAAUACGAUAGUUAAAGUCCCCAUGUACACUCUUUUCCGAGACCCGAGAUCUUUUGAACAACCGAACGACUUCAUUCCGGAACGUUUCACGACUCGUCCUGAGCUUGUGAAAGACAAGUCCGUCUUUAUUCCCUUUCUCACUGGUUCCUACGCCUGUGUAGGAAGGCGACUUGCUCUCAUGGAGGUGCGCCGUGCCAUCGCUGCCAUUAUUUCCAGGUAUGAUAUUGCGCUUGGUCCAGACCAGACUGAGCAGGGAUUUCUCGACGGCAAAAUCGAUGCUUUCACCUUGGUCGCUGCACCCCUCAGCUUGAAAUUUACCCGACGAUAUGGGUCCAAGUAA